UUAAAAUACACUUAUGAGCUAGGGUUUGUGUUCAUUCUUCUCGGAAGCAAAAGAGAAAACUCCAUCUGAGUGAACGCAGUGCCGCGCCACCGCCGCCGCCGCCGCCAUGGGUCGUAUGCACAGCCGCGGAAAGGGUAUUUCAGCUUCAGCCCUACCUUACAAGAGAACUCCUCCCAGCUGGCUCAAAAUCUCCUCCCAAGAUGUUGAUGAGAAUAUCUGCAAGUUUGCGAAGAAGGGGAUGACGCCGUCACAGAUUGGUGUGAUUCUUCGUGAUUCCCACGGCAUUGCUCAAGUUAAGAGCGUUACCGGCAGCAAAAUCCUUCGUAUUCUCAAGGCUCACGGGUUGGCGCCGGAGAUUCCUGAGGAUCUUUAUCACUUGAUCAAGAAGGCAGUAGCAAUUAGGAAGCAUUUGGAGAGGAACAGAAAGGAUAAGGAUUCAAAGUUUCGGUUGAUUUUGGUGGAGAGCAGGAUUCAUCGAUUGGCUCGUUACUACAAGAAGACCAAGAAGCUCCCACCUGUCUGGAAAUACGAAUCAACUACGGCCAGCACACUCGUGGCAUAAGCUGUGAAUUUUCCAGGGUAUUCGGUAGAGCAAUGACAAAGAUGCAUCAUCUUUCAUGAGUCAGUACACUGGAUUUUUUUUUUUUUUUUUUUUUUUGUAUUUUAGCAAAAAAGAAAUGUUGUGUUGGUAUUGAAAUUUUAUCUGUGUUUAUUUGACAAUUUUAGUAGAAAGUGAAUGACAGAUUUUAAAUUUGAUUCACUUGUUCAAUUGAUUAUGGACUUGACCUUUUUUUGCUUUUAUGUUUCAAGUGUUUUUAGCUAUACUGUCAAGUAUGGCCUUUAAGCCAUUUUUCGAU